GAAGGAGUAGAUGAAUGCGCAGUCGUGUUUCUGCAGCGCUGUGGAAAUGGCGCCUGCGUUUGAGUAGUAGUAGUAGUCGGCAGUUAAGACCUGUAACUUACUAGGAAUUAAAGUUUUCUCUUCAGUGUUUCUCACAAGUUUAGUUAUUUAGACCCGAAGAGGUUAUUCACACGAACUGAACCCGGAUUAUGACCGGGAAAGAGUCGCCACGCGAGUCGUAUUUGAACUAUAUCCAAUUUUCUUGAGGGCCGUCAUCAGCUCCCAGCAUGCGUGACCUGGCAGCCCAAGUCACUAGCAGCUUGCUGAGUUUCCCAGAGGUGACGAUAGACGCUCUGGGAGAGGAUGAAGUUACGCUUGACUCUGUACUGCAUGGAAGAUUUACUGUUGGAAAGAGUGGACUGGCCUGGCUUGCUUGUGGGCCCCAGUUGGAGGUGGUCCAUGCAGUUACUGGCGAGCGUUUCUCUGCUUACCGCUUCAGCGGGGUGUCCGAGCACCCGCCAGGGCUUCGCGUGGGUCUGGAGGAAGGUGAAGGCAGUAUGUUGUGCCUUUAUGAUCUUGGCAUCUCCCGUGUUGUCAAGGCUGUGGUCAUACCUGGCAAGAUAACAGCCAUUGAGCCCCUGGUUAGCUAUGGAGGGGCCAGUGCCAGCACACAGCAUCUGCAUCAGAGUCUACGUUGGUUCUUUGGAGUUGCUGCUGUGGUAACAGACGUCGGUCACGUUUUGCUGGUUGACCUCUGUUUGGAUGACCUGUCUUGCAGCCAGAGUGAACUGGAAGCCUCAGAUUUGGAAGUGGUCAAUAAAUCUCCCUCUGAGAUCCCACGCUUUAGAGAGGGUGCGAUUCAGCAGGGCAGACACCUGUGCCUGCAGCUCAGCAGCCCCACAGAUACAGGGGUAACAGCGCUGCAGUAUAUACAGCGGACCAACCAGCUUGCUGUAGGCUUUGCUGAUGGCUACCUGCAGCUCUGGAACAUGAAGACCCUCAAAAAAGAAUAUCACUCACGGCUAGAGGGUGGCAGAGUGCCCGUCUACGCGUUCACGUUCCAGGAACCAGAGAAUGAUCCCCGAAACUGCUGCUAUUUGUGGGCCGUGCAGUCUGCACAGGAUCAUGAGGGGGAUGUGGUUAGCCUUCAUUUAUUACAGCUGGCCUUUGGAGAGAGAAAGUGUUUGGCUUCAGGGAAAAUUAUCUAUGAGGGUCUAGAGUAUUGUGAUGAGCGAUAUAGUCAGGACCUGAAUGGCACGGCGUUCCCACUCAGGGCUCAAGCUACUAAUACUCGUUUGAUCGGCUGCCAGACUAUAGAGAAGUUUCGUCACCAUCCUGAUCGCGAUGACAGCAUGAAUGAAGUGCCAUCUCCGGAUACAAGCGUAUCAAUUUUUAGCUGGCAAGUCAAUUCUUACGGACAAGGCCAGCCAUCUACCUUCAUUGGUGUUUUUGAUAUUAACAGAUGGUACCAUGCUCAGAUGCCAGACUCACUAAGAACGGGUGAAUCUUUGAGAAAUUGUCCUUAUCUGGCAGUGUGGUCUCUUGACUCUGUGGUAGAGAUGACUGCUUCCUGUCCUCUGAUGGACCUUAUUGUUCAUGAACGCAGUCUAAGUAGGGGCCUGCCUUACACCUGCCCCCCACCAGAGCAGUUCUUUAAUCCCACAACCUACAACUUCGAUGGAAGUUGUUUGCUUAAUACUGGAAUUGUGCACUUUACUUGCUCUGGUCAUCAAAAAGAGACUCUGAGCUACUUGAAGAAACUGGCUCCAAGUUUGGGCGACAGCAUUACUAAUGGAUACUCGCGCUGCCUUAUGUCUGGUCUCCUGUCCUCUCGUCUUGCUGAUGUCCAGCCCUCUAGCCUCUCACAGGAAGAGCAACUUCAUGCCAUCUUAUGCACUGCUGUAGAGACGAGCUCCUUGGGAUUCAUCACUGGCUGUAUUAAACAGUGGACCACUGAGGAGCAAGCGGGGGCAGCCGUGAAUUUGCGCUAUAUACUGGAGUGGGCCUGGAACAAGUAUGUGCGCACCAAAGAAGAGCUGGAUGAAAUAUGUGCUCCACUCUUUGACAGCUUCACAAAUUUCACAGAUCCACAAACACUUCAGCUCCUACAGCACAGUCAACGCUUGCUGGCAAACCUCAGCACCAUCUUCCAUUGUUUGCUUAAUGAUGCACAGGAGCUCACACAGAAAGGGUUGGUUGGACUCAUGAACAAAUGCAUGGUGUCCAGUUUGAUUAGUCAGUAUGCUCAGGUGGUUCUGUGGUUCUGCCGUACCGGCCUCCUUCCAGAGGGCACUGAUGAUGAUGUCCUGCAAAUAUCAAGGCCCUUUUACAGUCAUUCUAUUAUAAAGAACUACUACGUUAGCCAAAGGGAAGAGCUGCAGAGACUGGCCAAGGAUAAGUGGUGUGCGGACUGCCUAAUGAUUGACGGUCUGGUAACGCAGUGUGGGGAGCGUCUUGUUGAACUCUGGAGAAGGGAUGAGGGUGGAACUGGACAGUAUCCUCCCCCGACACUUCAUGCAUUGCUUGAUAUAUAUCUUCUGGAAAACGUCGAGGAGUCUGCCAAACAUGCUAUUGUUAUUUAUUUGCUACUGGAUGUGAUGUACUCAUUUCCCAAUAAAAGUGGUGCGUCAGUGGAGUCUUUUCCCACCGCAUUUGGUAUUCCCAUUGGUUUAGUCAAACUGGUACAAGGCCUGUGGUUGCUGGAUCAUCAUGAUCAUGAGAGCUCUCUGGAGCUGCUCUUGCAUCCAGCCACCAGUCACUCACUUUGGAGCUGGCAACAUGAGCGUGUCCUGCAAGCUUUGAUGUGUCAGCAGAAGCACACUCUUGCUCUACGCUACUUGCAUGUGAUGAAGCCUCCACUGUGCACUACCAGCCAAGCCAAGCUUUCCCUUUCAGUCCUGCUCCAUAACAGGUGUAUUGUGGAGGCAUGGGCGUUGUUAAGGCAGCACUGUAAUAAGUUAAACAUGGAAGAGCUGAUGAAGUUUCUCUUCGAUACAUGCCAGGAGCUAGGUCUGAUGAAAGAGCUACUGAAUCUGCCACUUGGCAUGGAAGAACAGGAGUGUUUGGAACGAUUCCUUCAAAACUCAGGAGGUUUCCAAAAUCGAGAGCUGCUUAUGGUCCACUACCUCCAGCAGGCCAAUUAUGUUCCUGCUCUUCAACUCAACCAGACCCUCAAAAUGAACCUUGCAGCCGAUCGGGAUCCUAAGAUGAAGGAAAGGUCAAACACUAGGAACCCUAUUUUAAACCAAUAUGGAAAAGUUCUUCCACGAGUUCAAAGGAAACUAGCCAUCGAGUAAGCAAAACCAUACCAACACCCUGCUACGAUCCACAGAGAAGUUAAAAGACCUCCACCUCUGUCAAUUGUAGCUAAACGUUCAGCUUCUGAAAAUGUCAUGACUCGAGCAGCUUUUAUCAAUAAUGUUCUUUCAAAAAUUGAAGAAGUUUGGGUUGGCAAGAACCCUACUCCAGAGUCAUCGCCUUCCAAAAGCCACAGAGAGUCAGAGAUGCAAGUGCCAAGCCUGCAUCCUCCCUCGCUAAAUCUACCCGAGCCCUUUGUAGGAACACCUAUUAACAUGCUAACCAAAAGGGUGUCCAGGCUUUUGGAUUUGGUCGUGCAGCCAUCUUCCCAAACUUCUCCAGAGAGUUCUAAUUUGCCGGGUACACCGUCAAGGUCCAUAAACUCAUGGGCUGGCCCAAAGAGCAUCAGUAAAGCUCCAGAGCUCAAUCUGUUGCAAACUCCACAAGUGGUUAAGAGAGCUCGAGCAUUGGCAUCAGGCCCAGUUUACUCAGCCUUCACCCCACAGUCUAUUCUGAGGACUAGCUUACGACCCACUCCUGUGGCCACCCCUUCGGCUUCUCCAGGCCGGUCCAUCUCUCCCACACUUCGCCACAAAGAAAGACGCAUUACUUUUAUAGAGGAUGCUGACUCUCCAGAGGCUCCCAAGGGAUCUGUCCACUGGAACAACGGGAUUGCCUUUAACAGGGAGAUCAAUACACCUAAGAGGUCUUCCCCACCUCCCAAAGCAAACAUUGAAGUCUGGAGCGAACAUUCAGAUUUAGAAGAGGAAGACAAAAAUCUAAGGACACACUCAACCUUACUGGAAGAAGGAGAUAAUCUUGAUGUACAAUCUGAGAGUGGAUCCUCUGUACAAGAGAUCCCAGCAGAGUUGUCCAAACAAGUGCUACCAACUCUUGUGUCUCGGCCAAGUCUCGGGCAAGAAGCAAGUUUUGUCUCUAAUCAGUCUGAUUCCACUCUCGAGUUUCAUGAUGCUUUUUUACCUGAGGAUUUUAUGGAAACGCAGAAGAAACGUAGAGCAGUUGACAGCUUUGAUCAUGAGGUGACUGUGACUCUUCCUUCUUCAGAUAAAGAUUUGUCCCUAGUAGAAAUCCAUGAAAGGGAAGAGUUGCCCUCUAUUGCAUCGCCUGAGAAAGAGCUGGAAAACUUGCCUAGUGGAUCAAGCAUAUCCAACACAGAGGAAUCUCAGAGUCUUGAACUUGAAUUGCCUGUAAAUGUUGAGAAUAAUCUUGAGAAGGAAGUGACUGAGGAGCAUUCACAGAUUGACGUUCAAGUUAUAGAAUCAGAGCAUUUGCUUCAAGUUCACAAACCAAGUGACUCACUAGAGGGUUUGGCUGAGGUUUCAGUUCAUUCUGACAUUCAAGAACUAAGAGAUGCAGAAGAAUCUGUAGAUGAAUCCUCUAUUGUUCUUGAAGCUGCCAAUGUAAAUCCUGUGGAGGAAUAUGCAGCUCCUAGCACAUCUGAAGAACCAGUAGGCAAAGAGGAAGAACCAGUGGCACAAGAAACAGAUACUGUUUAUACACCCACUAUUGAUGAACCUAAGAACCGUGAGGAAUGUGAGGAGGAAUCUAUGGAAACGUCAGAUUUGGAUGCCUUUGUGGAACAGCAUUUAUUUGGCCCAGACCUAUCCCCACCCUUGACCCGGACCAGUAUUAAAGAAACCCCAGAGGCAUUAGUCCAAAGUGAACCAUUUUGUGAUGUUAAGGAAGUUCAACCUGUUCCUGAGAACGUAGCAGAUUUAAAAACACAGACAUCUGUUACCUCAUCAGAACCUGCAACCUCAGAGUCCAGAUCUGUGGUGACCUUGAAUGACAGUGAUGAGCUCACUAGUGUCAAAUCUGAGGAUGAGUCAGAAGAUGAAGGAGAGUCUGGUGAUGAGAAUGUCGAGGACUCCGGUAGUGAGGUUGAGAUCAUAGAAGAAGUAAAAGGUAACGGUAGGAGUAACCACCAGUCUAGUCCUGUCCUUUUUUUGGAGGAAGUCCCUCCACAUGAGCAGUACCUUCAGGAACAAGCAGAUGCUGUGCUAUCAUUGGUCACCCCUGAGGAACAGCUAAAAGUAUUGGAUAGUGACAUGCCUGUGGGGGAUGGAGAAAUGGUAAUGAUUGGCCUCGCCCCUGCAGAUGUGGAUGAGGAAGCGUCUUAUACUGAACUAAAACCAUCCACCACUCUCCUCGUACCUGUAGAGCUGGCUGAGGAACCGCAGAGACACCUUACUUUACAGACCCUUAGCAGUGCCCCAGAUGAAGCACCUCCAGAAGACUGUGGCAACUUUACUCUUGUGUUGGAUCCCGAUGUGGAGGAGGUGCCUAACACUUUAGAGUAUGAUUUAAUGCCUUUACAUGAGCAAGGGCAACCAAAGGAUAAUCAGCUUAACUCUGAGUUGGGCACCUUGGAACAAACUGAUGCUCCUGAAGACUUGGAACCAGAGAUUGAGCCUGUUGAGGAACCUAAAACCGUAGAGGAACCAGCUGAUGUACACAGUGAUCAAAUGGUGGAACCAACAUCUACAUCAGAAUCUUUUCUUCAAGAGACGAAAGAACUUUGCAGUGGUGAUGUGCUAGAUUCUGGUCCAUUUGAAAUACAGGAAGAAUCACACACCUCCGCAUAUGUCAAGGUAUUGGAGUUGUCUCCACCUGAGAAUGUCUUGACCUCAAAUGAGCUCUUGGAAAAUGGUAACGAGGCUGUCUUGCAUGCAAAUGAAAAUAUAACUGGGUCCAGCCAAGUAGAUAGUGCACCAUCUUUGGAAGAAGAAGCGGAGAAACGUUCCCCGAUCAAAGAGUUAGAAAAGUCACCAGCAAGAUCCAAGUCGCCUUCAAGAUCCAAAGUGGACAGAUCUGCAAAAAGUAGCAUGGAAGUUUCAGAGACUCUUAAAGAAGUGACCCGCAGCCCAUCACGAAGGGGAAGGAAAACCGUAACGUUCCCUGUUCUCAGUCUUGAUGCAGAGGAAGAGCAAAUGGAUUCUCAAGUACCUUCUACACCAAGACGUGUUACAAGGAGUGGCAAGCAACUGCAGGACACUCCAGUUCCUGUUACACCCAGAAGCACCCGAAAAGCACAUGUAGAACAGUUGGGUAAUGACGUUGACCAAGAUAUGCCUUCUGCAAAAGUAUCAAAACCUACAAGUUCAGCACAAAAGACCCCACAGAAAGCCACCCCUAGGAAAGGAUCCCGAAGAACCAGAAGCACAGCUGUUGAAGAAGAGGAGCCUGUAUCAACUGACCCCAGCAAUGACCCACAACCACAGACCAGACAGAGUGCCAGAAAAGCACGCCAAACAAUCGUUGAAGUUCCAGAGACGCAGCAAGUAGUUUUAGAGGAGAAGUCUUCCCAAGCUCGUAGUAGUCCUAGCAGGGUUACACGCAAGUCCACCAGAGGACUUGCAUUGGAAAGUUUCCAAGAGGAACCUCCAGAAGACACCGUAACUGUAAAUCAACCUCUUAAAACUCCUCCAAGAAGUCGGAGGAAGACCACAAUCAGCACUACAGAAAAAGCAAACAAUGCAACUUUUGUUAUCGAUGAUGCACAACUUCAGAGUGUUUCAAGGCGACUAACUAGAAGCCAGCACUGGAAUCAAAUCGAUGGUUCUGAAAAGGAAAGAGAAAAGGACAUGGUACGUCUGCAAGUGGAAACUGAAUAUCCUCAGGCCGAUGCCCUUGCAGAACGACUCGAUGAGCAAGUCCGCGAGGAGAGUGCCCCAGUUGUUACUGAAAUAAUACGUGCCAAGCGAAGAACGACUAAAUCUGUGGUGCCUGCGUCAACACUGAAUGAAACCCAGAAUGUAGGUGUUGAAGAAUCUAAAUUAGCGGGAUCAGAAAUCCAGGAACCUGCCAACAAGUCAACGAGACGUACCCGAGGGAGGAAGGUGUCUGAACAAAAUACUUCAUCCGUUGCCGAUUCAGUCACUUCCACUGCUGACCUGAGGAAAACAAGAGGAAGGAGAAAAGGUACUUCUGUACAAAAUGAAACUGAAGUGGCAGAAACAUUAGUGCCUCAAAUGCAAAGCUCAGAAGAUGCAGUAAAUUCCCAUCCUAAAGAGGACAAUGGCCCGGUAGAUGAUGCAGUGGAAACUGAAGCUGUCAAACCCAAAAAGAAGAGAACAACUAGGACAAAGGCGGCCCCAGAACCUCCACCGCCUGUUGAGAUCAGUUUCCUCUCUCCUUUGGCUAGUCCAGCCGAACCGAACGCAAGAACUGAAAAGAGUACGGACGUGAAGGAUACUCCCUUGCUGAAGAUGAAUCUACGACGUAAACGCAUGAUGGAUGCCAUUUUCCCUAAACCAGUGACACGGAGAAAGAAACUUUAAUUGUGAUUCAUCCCCAAAAAUGCAUGGGAUCUGCUCUUCCCUUUCCUAAGAACUCUGCAGCCUGCUAGUUUCUAAUUAAGAUAAUGUUUGGAAUAAAUAAACAUCUAAUUUGAGAAAUUAUUUUAUUAUAAAUUAAGCUGUUUACUGAGGGACUUGAGCACCAAAAAGAUGGCUUAGUUUUUAAAUGUUUCUACUAAUGCAAAUGUAAAUAGUCUUUUAGCGAUGCUAUAAAUAAAAUUUGAUACUUGUGAAUUAUUUUGUUACUUGGUUUGUUUAUAGAACGGAUUGUGUAGGAAAUGUAAAGCCGGAUCAAACAAUUACAAGGUUUAUGGGUUGCCACCACUUGGAUGAUGUGGUUCACCUUGCAUUGGUUAAGUGUAACAAGAUGGUCUAUUUUAAACGGAUGGACAUUUUGCUGUACUUGGCACUUAGUCUCCUCUAUCAUGAGGUCUUAAGUUGAAGAACCCCAAGUUUGUUCAUUGCAAAUAAUGUACAUUUAUUUUUGUUCAGAUGCAUCAGUUAUAUUUAAAAGAGCAUUGUGAACUCUGUUGUAAUGCAUAUUUGCUUUCAAAUACAAAUAAUUUACAUUUCUAAA